AAUAAAGCGGCAAGAUUUAAUCCUUAAUUUUAUAUAAAUUCAUUUUUUUAACAAGUCUUGCACGAUUUUAACGAGAAGAGUCAAAUGAAAUGGUUAACCAAUGUCGCGCCUGCCUCAGUUCGAAAGACACCUCCUUUAUUCGUAUGGAGACGCACAUAGGCGAUGGUGUCGAUUUCUUUACUUGCUUCAGCUUAUGCACACAAUUGGAAGCGGAACUAGAUGACGGUCUGCCAGGAGUUUUGUGCACACAUUGUUCUCAAGAUCUCGAAAUAUCUUUUAAUUUCUUGCAAAAUGCCAGACAGGCUGAUGGAAUACUGCGUGAAAGCUUUUCACACAAGUACUUGUCCGCCGAAAUAGAAUCAUUGGAUAGCGAAAUGGGUGAUACUAUAAUGGAGCCAUUAGAUGUGGUAGAAGGCAGUGAAAUGGAAGAUUGUGUGGUUGAGGAAAUCAUAGAACACGUACAUGUUCCAGAAGAUGUUGCCGAAGAUCGGGAAGAUAGUAGUGUUGUAGAAAUGAUGGAGAUAGAAAAAAAUGAUCUGAACAUUUGUGAAAGCUCUUUAGAUGAGAUAGAACUUAUCGAUAAUAGUUAUGUGGACCAAACUGUAGAGACGGCGGAGGUUGUGGUGGACGAGGUCCAUGAAUCACAACCAAAAACAACAGAGUAUUAUGCAGAAGAUGAAGGUGACGAAGAGUACUUAAAAGAGUACAAAGAAGAUGUGCAGCAAUCGGACGCAGAAAAUACUGGAUCAAAAGGAGGAAAAUGGAAAUGCAUAGAAUGCAAACUUGUUUUGUGUGGCGACGUUUCUUAUGAAGGCCAUAUGAAUAUGCACCGUUCAUUGCGACCAUACAAAUGUACCAUAUGCAUGUGCGCAUUUCGUUGCAAAAAUAAACUUGAUCACCAUAUACAACUGCGACAUACACAAGAAGUGGAGCAUCAAACCACCAACCUAAACAAUUGUAAAAAGUGUACCAAAAUCUUCGAAGCACCCGAAGAAUUACAAGAACACCAGGAAUUAAUACAUCCCGAUAGUUAUCCUGUACAAUGUAGACGCUGUCUGUUGUUACCACCAUUCGCGCGGACAAAAUUAGCGGAACAUUUUCGUAACGAACAUCCAGCAGAACAUCGGAAAUACUUUCCCACAGUGGGUAGGCCACCAAAUGAACCAGCCAAACCAACACCAUGGCAAUGUGAAGUGUGUAAAUGUUAUCUGCGUUCAGAAAGUGCAUUGCGUGAUCACAGGCAUACGCACCAGAAUGAACGACCGCAUGAGUGCCAAUUUUGUGCGAAACGCUUUGUUACUACCAGUAAUUUACGUCAACAUAUGCGCGGCGUACACACCGAGGAAUAUGAGAAGCUAGUUAAUGAAGGCGGUGAUACGAUAGUGCAAUGUGAAAUGUGUAAAAAGCAAUUACUUAGACGAAAUCUCGAAAAACAUAUGGCAUUACAUGUGAAAAAAGAGCGCGAGGCUAAAGAGACUCAAACGAAAUUUCUCUGUGCCUACUGCUCACGCGAGUGUAAAAGUCAAAAAUCCCUCAACCAACACGAGAAAAUGCAUCAGGGCGCAUCACCGGACGUUAUAUAUAUUUGCUCGGACUGUGAUCGUUCCUAUGCUACACAGCAUUUGUUGCAGCAACAUCGCAAACAAGCACACAAAGAACGAGACCACUUUUGUCCAAUAUGCGGCAAUGCUUUUAAACUCAAGAAUCAAUUGGUUAAUCACAUGAAAUUGCAUUUGGAAAAAAAUAUCAAAUGUCCACAUUGCGAGAAAUGCUAUGCGCGUAAAUUCGAUCUGGAUGUGCAUUUGCGUAGUCAUACCGGAGAGCUGCCGUUCGCCUGUCAUCUGUGUGAGAAACGUUUUGCUAUAAAAGUGCGUUUAACAUACCAUCUACAGAAGCACUAUGGUAUAAAGCAUCGUUGCAAGGAUUGCGGUGCGGAAUUCAAUUCGAAACAGAAAUUAAAAGCACAUAGUUUCAAGCACACAGGCAUGCCCUAUCGUUGCGAAAGAUGUGAUGGGCAUGGCUUUGCCAAUCGGGAUGUCUUUAAACGCCAUUUGCAGCGCGUGCACUGCACGAGUAUGAGCGACGAAGAGUUAGUUGCCAUGUUCCAGCAAAACACUGGCAAGGCCACCCGCAUUAAACAGGUUGAAUAUUUUGACGAACAUUCGCAAGGGGCGGCUUUAAAAACAGCUACGGAAGCGGACAACACUUUGAUUAAUGCAGAUGAAAUUGCAAUGGAAUCGGAAGUGGUGCACAGCUCACGUGAAUUCUCGAAUGCGAAAUCGCUCAGUCUGCACGAACAAAACGUGCAUCUUGUCAAAUUGGAGGAGCCGAAAUAUGAAUGUGGCAUUUGUAAGCGCAAAUGUUAUCAACAGCGUGAUCUCAAUUGCCAUAUGCAGCGUGUGCAUCUAGCGGAGCGCAAACACUAUUGCAAUGUGUGCGGCAAUGCGUUCAAGAGCGCUUGGCAGCUGACCGCGCACCGGCUAUUGCAUGCCGAAGAUAAGUCUUUUGAGUGCAUACACUGUCAACGGCAAUACACACGACAAGCGGAUUUAAUUGUGCAUAUGCGCACACACACCGGCGAACUGCCAUACGCUUGCCACCUGUGUGGUAGACGUUUCGCGAUCAAAGUAAGACUCACUUAUCACUUGCAACGGCAUGAAGGCGUCAAACAUUCGUGCACCUAUUGUGGAACUGUCUAUUACAAUCGUAAUCAACUAAAGGAGCAUCUCUUCAAGCACACUGGCAUGCCUUAUCGCUGUGAAUUGUGUCCAGAUGUUGGCUUUACGCGCCGUUUGCGUUUUUCCAAUCACAUGCAGCGUGUCCAUAAUAAAAUUCUAACAGCUGACGAAUUGACUGCUGUUUUUGCGAAAUACACGGGAAAGGCGAUACAUUUCAACACCAGCAACAAAAUUCAGGAGAAUAUGGACUCACAGGAGUUACCUGAUUUCAUUGUAGAUGAAGAGAAAGAAGAUGAAGAUAUGGUUUUAUUAGAUGUAUUCGUCUCAAAAAAAGGAAUCUGCUUGCUAACAAACAUGAAUUCGCCCAGUCGCGCUGAAAUCCACUUUGAAGACAUGCGAUGCUGUCGUUCCUGCCUGUCCGUGGCUUCAGAAGAUGAGCUUGAGGAUUAUAUUGAUCUGCUGGAGACUUUUACUUUUGAUUGUGCAACUACUACUUUACUAGAGGCUUUCAAUAAAUGCACUUCAUUAAAUGUGCUGAUAACAGAUUUUAUUAUUGAAGGAUAUCCGCCAUGUCAUUACAUAUGUGGACGUUGUCGUUUAGAACUCUCGCAAGCUAAUGAGUUUAUAACUCGAGCACAACUAAAUAAUCAGUUAUUAAGAGAACAAUAUAACCGUGCCAAAUCAGUACAUUCACCAAUAAGUGAUAUUGAAAUACAUGAAAUCGAAAUUAAAAAUGAGUCCCUUGCUCAAAAAUCAGAGCAUGAUGAAGAAGAAGAGGAAAUGAAAACUGAGAGUUUUUCAGUUGUCGAGUUUGACAACCAGAAUUCUCCCGAGCCGGCUGCUAGUGAGAUCCUUGAGCCGCCGGAUGACGACAUUCAUGAAGAUAACGAAAUCAUGCCACCAACACUAAUAAGUGUUGAGCGCGUAAUUUGCAACGAUGAUAAAAAUACUGUAAAUAAUGCGCAGACAUCGAUAGGUAGUAACGAAUCUGUACAAAGUGCUAACAUCUCUCGAAAUGAAGACGACACAAAUAUUGAAGAAACAGAUAAGACAUAUUUUGAAUUCAAAUGUGAGUUUUGUACUUGCAUAUUCGAGUUUCAAAGAGAUUUACUGCAACAUUAUGAAAUUGACCACGCGGACAAAACACUUAAUUUUCCCUGCGACAUUUGCCAAAAUCGAUUUGUAACGAAAAAUGCUCUGCGUUUGCAUCGACGUCAGGUGCAUCAGAAAGAUGAAUAUCUGGAUUGUGAGCAUUGUGGACGUACCGUAUUGAAAACAUUCUAUAACGUACACUUGAGACGCCACAAACAACUUAAAUUCUUAUGUAGCAAAUGCCCAAAAAGAUGUGUUUCGCGUUAUACACUCAAAAAACAUAUGGAAUUGCACUCCGAGGAGCGUGAUCGCAAUAUUGAAUGCGAUUGUGGCAAACGUUUCUAUUCACUUGAACAUCUGCAAUUACAUCAAACCAUUCACAUUUCACCCGAAGAUAGAGCAGUAUUCGAAUGUACUGUUUGCUCAAAAACAUUCUUACGCAAAGCGAAUCUUGGUUUACAUAUGCAAAUGCAUCGCGGCGAGACUAUGGAUUGUCCAUAUUGCGAUAAGAAAUUUGUAAGGCGUAAAGAUCUGGAAAUACAUAUACGUUUCCAUACUGGCGAUUUUCCAUACUCUUGUUCGAUGUGUGACCGAAAGUUCGCAAUUAAAGGACAUCUUAAUUACCAUGAGAAACGUCAUCUGGGUGUGCGUUACAAAUGUGACGAAUGCGAGAAAACAUUUAUAAAUAUGGCCGGUUUGCGACAACAUCAGUAUGAGCAUACGGGUAUGCCAUUAAUGUGUAGUGUUUGUCAGCGUGGCUUUCCAACUAAAUUCAAGAUUCGCCGCCAUUUGCGCAACGUACAUAAACACCUCUUUAAGAAAACUGACUACUCAGAUGCAUUAGCAGAAGAGUAUAUAAUCGCAACGACAAAUUCAAAUCAAGCAAUAAAUAAAGAAGCAGAGUUAGUAGAUGUACUGGAAGACUCAAUCGAGAUGCUUGAAGAGCAUGCUGAAGACAUUCCAUAAAAUAUGCUGUCCGUUUAAGAUGACAAUUUUCGAUUAAAUAUUAUGGAAUAUUACUAGUCACAAAUAGAAUAUUUGAAAAUGUAGCCAAAUUUUAGUAAAUAAUAUUUAUUAAAUACCUAAAUACAGUAUUUAACAGUAAUAAAAAAACAUCAUAAUUGAUGCCAUAUACAUUAA